AUGAAGGUGAUAUCAGCGGGCUAUCCAAAAACUGGAACCAAGACUAUGACUGUUGCUUUAAAAACAUUGGGGUUCAAUGUUUACGAUUUCAUGGAAAAUACUACAAUUUUAGGCAGAGAUUGGGAAAAAAUAUUUAAAGAUGGAUGGAUCACUGAGGAUUUUAAAAGAAUGUACGAAAAUGUUGAGGCAGUGUCUGACGCGCCACCAAAUUUUUUCUGGGAAGAAAUUCAUAAAGCUUUCCCGGACGCAAAGAUUAUUUUGACUACGAGGGACGAAGAGUCAUGGCUUAAGAGUUUGGUAGCGCAGUUGCGAGCGGUUGAAUCGAGCUGGACUUUGAAAUUAAUGUCACUCCUGACACCAACUGGGCGUUUGACAUUUAAGAUUCUUUUGGAUUAUUAUAUUGGCCAAGAAAUAUAUGGUCUUAAAGAUUCGAUGCUAUGGAAGCCAUUUAGACGAAUGGUCAUUAAUGAGCAAAUUCUAAAAUUAAAAUUUAGAAAGCACAACUCACACGUACUGCAGACAGCACCUCCUGAAAAACUCCUAGUUUACAAUUAUCGCCAGGGAUGGAAACCUCUAUGCAAAUUUUUGGGUGUCCCUGUACCUAGCGUACCAUUUCCACACGAGAAUAAAGGCGCAAAUAUUAUGGACGAAUGGCUUGCCACGGAUUCAAUCAUGAUCAACAUUGAAAAAGAAUUGAUGUUGUCACUGGCUGCCAUAUUUAUUCUUUGUUGCAUUGGUGGAUACUAUUUAUUCAACUGGCUGCCAACGAAUAUAUAGAGCUUCUAGCCACAGAUUCUCACAAAGUGCUCCGUAUGGAGCCCCAGGGCCCAGUGUGAGCAACCUA